UGCGCUUACGUGCAAAUAAAACCGGAAAUAGCUCGCAAAGGAGGAGCAGAAACGUGAUGUAGACUUGGUUGUCGGCGAUGUUUUAUAAGUGUUCAAAUUUACAGUAGCUCAUAUGAUGUGAUGCCACUCUGAAGAUACCUGCCUUUGUGUCACAAUGGACACUUCACAUCAUUUACUCUUACUCUUGAUGCUUUUGCACUAUGCAGCAGGCUUCAGUCGCAGCUGUUUGAAAAUCCUCCCAGACUCCAACAGUAGCAUUGCUCUUGAGGUGGGAAAAAACUUCACCGCGACUUGUCACCUCCUGGAAGGCUCUGUUUAUACCUCAGAUGACAUUGAAUGGAGUAUGAGAGACAUCCCCAUUGCAAAGCGGUUUUACCACAAAAUAAACGAAACGGCUGUUUGUGUAACUGUUAACAUCAGCAGUGAUAUGAGAGGUUGGCUGCGCUGCAAAGCCAAGGAGUCGCUGUCAGACUGUUAUAUCUAUGGAAUCUCACUCCAUCCAGGAUAUCCUCCACUGAAACCAACGAAUCUGUCAUGCAUUGCUGUGCAAGAGCGCGAAGACAUUUCCCCCAAUUUAAACUGUAGUUGGGAUUCAGGAUCACGAAACCCGCAGCUCGACACAACUUACACCGUUUAUGCCUAUGUAUAUAUUUUAAACCGAACAUAUAAAGCUGACUGUAAGCAGCAUCAUCUUGAAAGAUACUGCGUUGUCAAUCUGGUGAUUUUUCCACAUCAUGUGGAUUUAAAAGUGUGGGUUGAAGUGAAGAAUGUGCUGGGGUCAGAGCGGUCAGAACAACUUGAAAACAAUUCUGAAUAUUUUGUGAAACCAAAUCCACCAUUGAAUGUCCAAGUCCUCACUGAAGAUAACUUCUCCACAUCUCUCAUGGUUACUUGGAAACAUCCCAUUCAGGAGUAUGUUUUGACCCUCUCUUAUGCCAUCAGAUACCGCAAAGCAUCAUCUGAUGUUUGGGUUGAGGUGCCUGAGAGCUUGACCAAAGUGUACACGUUUAGACUGGAGUCUCUGGAGCCUUACACUCAAUACGUGGUGCAGAUACGAUGCAUUGGAGAAAGUCGCAGUGGAUACUGGAGUAACUGGAGCGUCGGCGUCACAGGACACACCUCAGAAGCCAAGCCAGCAAGCGCACCAGAUCUUUGGAGAAUCAUCCAGUCCACUUCUAAUAAUAGAAAUGUGACUUUAGUAUGGAAGGCUCCUGUAAAAGCGAAUGGAAAAAUACUGGGAUAUUACCUGAAUAUCUGUCAUGAUUAUGUGAUGAUUGAAAGCCGUAAUAUAACAGCAGAUGAACUUAUGUAUCCGAUGGAGCUACCUCCAGGAAAAACAGCCAUUAUUGAACUGACUGCUAACAAUUCAGUUGGAGCGUCUCCUAAAGCAACUUUAUUUAUUCCAAGAUCAGAUGAAGAUCUUCCUGGUGUGGAGGAUAUGAGCUGGUCGGUGCGUGAUGAGAAGCUGCAGGUGGAGUGGACUGCUGUCACAGGUCCUCUUGUAAACUUACAUCUCUCCGAAUACCUGCUGGAGUGGGUGACAGUCCCCCAGCUUCAGGCCGGCUGGCAGAGAGUCUCUAGCAAAGUGAAGAACACCACACUAAACGGUGAUUUGAAGAAACUCCAACGGUACAACAUAUCAGUGUAUCCCAUUUACAAGUAUCGACAGACACACUUCCUAGCAGGAAGACCAGUAACCAGACCAGCCUAUGUUCAACAAGGAAUUCCGGAAAAGGGUCCGAAUGUCACAGAGACCAAAUCCAAGAAGAACAGUGCCGAGCUAACCUGGAAUGAGAUCCCACUGGAAAGACAGCAUGGAUUCAUCACCAACUACACCAUAUUCUAUGCCAUCGGGAGCACUAAGCAAUGGAAAUCUGUGACGGUGAACCCUAAUGUCCAGUCAUAUGUACUGACGGAUCUGGCCAGUGAAACUGAUUACGUGGUUAACAUCAUGGCGUCAACAGUAGCAGGCUCCAACAAAGGCAUAGAUUAUACGUUCAAAACCAUGAAGUACGGUGAUGGAGAGUUGGAGGUGAUUGUAGUUGUGGUUUGCCUCAGCUUCCUGUUCCUGACUGUCUUUAUCAUAAUGUUCUGCCUUCGGAAAAGAGAAGUGAUUAAGAAGCUCUUGUGGCCGCAGGUUCCAGACCCGUCCGACAGCUCCAUUGCCCACUGGUCACCUGAUUUCCCCAUUAAGGCCGCUGUGCCCAAAGAAGACGUUAGCUUGGUGGAAGUGGACAUGUUUGAAGGCAAGUCUCUGUGCGAGGAAGACAAAGCCGAGCUGCCGCUGAAGAAGGACAAGUAUCUCUCUGAGGAGCACAGCAGCGGCAUCGGAGGCUCGUCCUGCACGUCCUCACCUCGCCACAGCAUGUCAGACAGUGACUCGGGUGACUCGGGCCAGACCUCAGCCAGCACUCUGCAGUACUCCUCAGUGGUGGCAGGUGCCCACAAGGGCCAGACUCCCAGCCAUCAGCCUCUGGCAUUCGCUCGCUCCGAGUCCACACAGCCACUUCUGGACAGCGAGGAACAUCCAGAGCAUCUCAGCGAGAGCAGCGGCCAGUCCAGGAGCUUAUACUUGAGACGAGGCCGAGAACCCGAGCUGGGCGUCCUCGGACAGGACAGCAGUGGAGCCUCUCUUACUUUCUGUCCAGUGCAGGAAGAGGAGACUCCUGUCGCAGAGGACCUGUCCGCCUCCGCCUUAAGUUACAUACCGCAGCAGAACAUCUAUCAACCUCAGUAAAACAUGUGAAGUGAUGCUGGCGCUCUGGAGACGGCCCUAAGCUACUGCAUUUAGUGUCACCUUUUUAGGCCAUGUUAAUGUGCCUGUGAUGAACUUUUCAUUUGGCAUUUCAAUGGGAUUGAAAGCUUCUGCAGACAUGUAUGGUAACCAACCUGUCCUCCAACCAAUACGCUCGUAUAGGUCGUUUGUCCAAAUCCCUGAAAUAUGACCCAUCAGAGCGUAUACUACAAUUGCUCCCAGCAUAAGGUCAUUUUUAUAUUCAUGUUUUUUAUUCUUUUAUUUGCACUCUGGUUUGCGUUUCAUGUAGCUCAGUUGGGAGAUUAUUGCGUUAUACCUUGAUAUGUAAUCAUGCUAUCAUGGGUUCGAUCCCAGAGAAUGGACAUGCACAUAAAAUGUAUAUGCUCAAUAAAUCAUAAUUUUGCAUGAUUUCUGUGAGGGUUAGGUUUAGGGGUGGGGUUAGGUGUGGUCAUUUGAACGAAUAAGCCACCUAGUAAAAUAUGUAGGAAAUACUGUGAUGUCGGUGUAAAAAGCCCACCAUUGCAUUUAAAUAAACGUGCGUUUUGAUUGGUGAUGACGUUAUACGUAAUUUCAUGAUGACAGACGCAAAGCGAUGCUGUCAUUAUUUUUACACCCGCUAGAGGGCGCUUAACUUUAAAAUGUAAAUAUAGGUCAUAAUAAGUUGCUUGCACAAACAACCUAUAUGGUGGUUUUUUGUUGGAGGACAGGCUCAUGGUAACACUAGUCUGCUCCCUUUAAAAAGCUGUCAACACUUUGAGAUGUCACACUGCCAUGUGCCUUCCUUUUGCCUUAAUGAUAUAAUACGUUGCUGUUGUUUUCAACCAUAUAUAUGGUUAGUUGUAGCAUUGUGUAAAAUAUUUUUCCAAUGGAUUUCGCUUUUCAUGCUGCUGAUUUUUUGCCUCAAGCUCAGAGCUGAUUGAUCUGUGGUUCGUCGAUGUGCCGCUGUAUAACGCUUCCAGUGUACACAGCUUCAAUCUUGCUUGCUUCCAAAAUAGACAUAGCUGUUUAGAAAACUAUGACCAAUUCGAGCCAUUAUGUUAUUGACGUGUUAUUGAUGAUGAUAUUAUGAAUAUUCAUAUUUUUAACAAUAUGCAACAGAAUGUCAACCCUAGCUUCAGUUAACCUUGCUUUCAUGUUCCUUAUGAUAUUUUUGUCUAGGAUAAAACUAACACUACAUUGAAUUGUCAGUUAUGAAAUUCAAAUAUUUCAUUGUAUGCCUAACUACAUGUAUUUAUCUCUAUGUGAUUUGUUUAUAUCAUUGCAUCACUUACACGUUUAUCACUGGUACCAGAUUAAAUAAAGACUUUGUUCCAAUAUU